CAAUAGACCAGCAGCGUGCUUCACGCAGUGGCAGGCGACCCAACCCAUCCGGCAGCUCCCAUCAGCGCAGAGGGGCCCAUGCCCCCAUCCGUACCUUCCUCAUCCUCCUUCCCUCCUCAAGCACCAAAUGCACCGCCCAUAGCUUCAUCAUUCUCCCUCAGCUCGCUCGCUCAUCCCUCGCGGAUCAAGCAGCUUUAUCUGGAGAGCAGGCAGCGCGCACGGGUCGAUAGAACAUCAUGGGACUACAUCAUGCGAACGGGGUUCGCAGGUGGGCUAGCAGGAUGUGUGGCAAAAACUGCCGUCGCCCCGCUUGACAGGGUCAAGAUCCUGUUCCAAACAAGCAACAAAGACUUCCAGAAGUUUGCAGGAACUUUCGUUGGGGUAGCAUAUGCCGCACGGGAGAUUUAUCGCACUUCGGGCUUGAGGGGCCUCUUCCAGGGCCACAGCGCGACACUUCUCCGUGUGUUUCCUUACGCAGGCAUCAAGUUUGUGGCAUACGAUCAGUUAGCUUUCAUCUUAAUGCCGACGAGGGAAAGUGAGACUAAGUGGAAACGGUUUGUCGCUGGGGCUGGAUCAGGUGUGAUGUCAGUACUAUGCACCUAUCCACUCGAGCUCAUCCGUGUCCGACUGGCAUAUACCACCCGACUGACUGGGAACCACGCACUUUGGCAUACCAUCCGAACCAUCUAUCGGGAAGGUGAAGCGCCCUCCACGACCUUCUCAUCCCCACCCUCUGCCUCCCCAACCCCCUCCGGUGCAGCAACAGCAACAGCGACCUCAUCGGCGAAAACAAUCCGAAUCAUCCCCAAAGGCUCUCUCUUUGCCCUCUUCCCCCUCUUCAAGUUCUAUCGCGGCUUCACUGUCACUCUCACCGGUAUGAUACCCUACGCGGGCACCUCGUUCCUCAUGUACGGCACGCUCCAUCGAGCGCUGCAAGCUUCUGGUAUCCCCGAAGAACAGCUCCGGCGACACAAGCCAUUCGCGGAUCUUUCGAUCGGCGCCGUUGCCGGUGCCGUCUCACAGACCGCCUCCUACCCCUUCGAAGUAAUACGUCGCCGUAUGCAAGUAGGAGGCGUCGCGCACCCCGAGCGGUGGCUCAGAUGGGGCGAGACUGUUCAAGCCAUAUGGAGCAGUCGAGGAUGGAAGGGGUUCUUCGUCGGCCUCAGCAUAGGAUACGUCAAGGUCGUGCCUAUGACAGCGAUCAGUUUUGCGACCUGGGAAUGGGGGAAGAGGAUGUUGCUAUGAACGGCGAAUUGGGAACACAUGGAACACAUAUACCGAAUGCUAUAAUGCACAAUGUAUCAUUUU